CCUUGUUUCUCUUUUCCUUAUCCCCUUGUAAAUCCAUGAUAGAAACACAACCGGUGUGAAAUUAAGAAAGAAGAACCGAAGAGACUGAGAGAAACCAUGGUGACUGAAUUGCACUUUACAAUUUCAUUAUUAUCAGAGAAAUUGCAGAAUCUGCUAGUGCUUGCCAAGGGAAGAUUUUUAAUCUUUCCUGGACUCAGAAACAGCUUGCGUGUUGCCAUCAAGGAACUCAAACUGAUUUUGAGCUUCCUCGAAGCCGAAGCAGAGAAUAAUACCAGUUGUAUCAAUUCGUUACAGGCUCGUCUUCUUCCUACUGUUUACUUUGCAGAACACAUCACCGAUGUUUUCCUCCUAAAUGCAAACAUAACAAGAAGCAGAUCAGAUAGUGUCAGUGCAGCGUGUCAAAUUAUUCUUCAAAAGCCAUUAAUGGUGUUUCCACCACGGAGCCAAGUUCAAUUCACCACCAAAAUGAAGAAAAUAGUAAAUCAUUUCAGAGCUUGCUAUGGUGAAUUGAAAGGCACCGACCUGAUAAUGACGUAUUUGUUGGACGCGAAGAUGCUGAAAAAGAGAUCGUAGCACGAUCGAUCGACGACAACGAGAAAAGCCUCCGCGUGAUUUCACUAGUCGGCAAAGAAGCAAUCGGAAAGACAACUCUGCCAAGAAAAGUUUACAACAGACUAGACAUUCGGCAGCAUUUCCAGUGCCGUGCUUGGCUCCAUGUUCCGAAAGAAUUUUCAUACAAAGAUGUAUUGCUUGUCAUACUCCGACAGACUCCAAAUUUAUUGAAAGACAUAGAGCUAAUGAAGGAGAACGAACUCUCAAUUUUCCUUUUCAAGAUUUUAAUGGGGCUCAGGUUUCUAAUAGUCUUGGAUGAUAUCUGCACCAAUGAUGACUGGCUCAAAUUUGUGCGUCCCUUUGCAGAUGCCGCGAAUGGUAGCAGAGUCAUAAUCACUACUCGUGACUCUAAGGUCGCGUCGGAAGUAGAUCCGUGGAGUCAUCUUCUGAAUCUGAUGCAGUUAACAUAAGAGGAUACUUGGGCAUUGUUCUUGAACAGAGCGGUACCAGAAAAUGGUUCACAGAAUAAUUUAAACAAUGUCAAGGCCGAAAUUCUGAGUUUAUGUCGCGGUUUGCCUAUGGCAAUUGUCUUGUUGGGAGGCUUGUUGUCGACUGUGGAAUUAAGCGAGUGGUCAACAGUCAUUGAUCAUCUCCGUGCUCAAGAUCAUCAUCAUUUCUUAAAAUGUCUUGUUGAUUUGAGCUAUGAAAAAUUACCAUCUGGAUUGAAGCUUUGUUUUCUUUAUUUGGCUAUGUUUCCUAAAUCGUAUGAGAUUCCAACGCGGAGGUUAUUGCAGUUGUGGGUUGCUGAAGGGUUUGUUCAAACACCGAAUAAACAAAGCAUCGACUCUCAAGAUAUGGCCAUGACAUGUUUGGAAGAACUAGAGCGAAGAAACAUGAUUGAAAUUGUGGAAAGGAAAUCCAACGGAAGCCCCAAGACAUGUCGUAUGCCGUGUUUCCUCUACAACAUCUUCUUACCAAAAGCCGAGGAUAUAGGAUUUCUUCACGUCCACCAUCUCAAUUCAGAUUGCACACUUGCAGAUUCACCUAUUAUUCGGAGGAUUGCAGAUCAGUUUUUCGGGGUUACGUCUACUUCGGAAUCUCAUACUCAAAAUCUAUGUUCUUAUGUUUCUUUCGAAGCCCAAAAGCAAGUUACAUCCAACACAAAAAUUGGUAAGUUGCUUAAUUCACUAGUCAAUAAGGGGAAAAGUUUUGUUCCUUUGAAGGUUCUUGAUCUAGAGGGUGUCUACAAACCUUCGCUACCCGAGAAACUCGGCCGGUUCUUGAAGAACCUAAGGUACAUAGGCUUGCGAUGGACGGGCCUAUACACGUUUCCGGAGUCUAUUGGGGAUUUGCAAUGCCUAGAGACUUUAGAUUUGAAGUAUACAAAUAUAACCGCUUUGCCGAGUUCAAUUUGGAAGGCAAAGAGCCUUCGACAUCUCUAUAUGACCGGGGUGUCCAUUCGAAAGCCAUCAUCGAAAGAGUCUUUGACUUCAACAUCAAAACUUGAGACCUUAACGGGGCUCGUGAUUGGUUCUGAAGAGGAAUCUGAUGAAGAAAAUGACAACUAUCGCUUGGACCAGUUCACAGCCCUACGGAAAUUAGGAGUCACUUGCCAUUCUAAAUCGGUAAAGAAAACAGUUGAGUGCAUUUCGCUACUCGACAAACUUGAAACCUUGAAAUUGAGAUCAAGAGACCUUCCAUUUGGUCAACCUUCAGACCUGGUGUUGAGUCCUUUAAAAGACCAUCAGACUCUGUCAAAAUUGCAUUUGUUUGGACUGAUAAAAGAUGGGAUACACAAUCUUUCUCUCAAUCUCAAAAUCCUAACAUUGUCGAUGUCGGAACUAACAGACGAUCCGAUGCGUGUGCUAGGGAAUCUGCCUCGGCUAAAUAUCCUCAACCUUUUAGCACGCGCCUAUGUUGGGGCGGAAAUAAGAUGUCUUUCUGGGGAAUUUUGCGAACUCCGCGUCUUGAAAUUGUGGAAGCUGGAAGAUUUAAGGCAGUGGACGGUGAGGAAAGGUGCUCUGCCCCAACUUGUAGAAUUAGAAAUUAGAGGCUGUGAUAAACUGAAAAACUUGGAGGGGUUCAAGGAGCUGCCUGAAUUGAAAGAAAUGAUUUUAACAAACAUGCCACAAGAGUUUGUAGCAGAUUUGAGAGAAAAGUUGGACAGAGACAUAGUAGUCACCAAUGAGUGGACGUCUUUCUCUCUUGCCUGAUUAGUGCUCACAGAGACUGGAGGCAAAUCUAAAUUGCAGGUCCCUGAUGAACUGCUUGGAAGUGAAGACAAUCAACCACAUUUGUAGAGAAGAAAAUACUUGUGACGACAACCUAACAAAUCAAGAAAUUCCUGCUAAUGAAGAAAAUCAUAUUUUUCAACAUCCCCCUCCUUGCAUUUGUAAUCAAAUGUUUGAUGAAGCUAGGAUGGUCUACUAUCCUAGAACCUUGUAACUGUUUACUUUUUUAUCCAUAAUAUUACUGCUCUACUGUUACCAAAAAAGAAAAAGAAUGUCCAUUUCGUAGCUUGCUGAAUUACUACUCUUCACAUCACUUUGCUUUUCUAUGUAAAAUAAAGUUGCAACUCUGUUU